GUUAUCGGCGCCGGCCUGCCGCGGACGGGCACGUCGUCGCAGCAGGCGGCGCUCCAGCACCUGCUCGGCGUCGACGUCUGGCACUUCGAGUCCUGCGUCUUCAACAACGCCCAGCACGCGGGCUGGCAGGCGCUGAGCAGGGCGCGGAACGACACGCUUUUGCGGUCGCUCGUGGCCGGCUUCGGCGGCGCCUGCGACGGCCCGGCCGCGUUCCACUUCGAGGCGCUCAUGGACGUCUUCCCCGACGCCAAGGUCGUCCUCUCGCUCCACCCCGGCGGCUCCGCGGGCUGGUACGCGUCGACGAUGGCGAGCAUCUACGACCUGCAAGUCAACGCGCUCUCCAAGCUCCGCAUCGGCCGCGUGCCGCCGUUCCGGGGCAUGCGGGAGACGGGCAUGGCGACCUACGUCGACUGCGACGCGUCCGUCGCGCUGAACCAGCGGCGCUUCUGCCUCAGCCGGUCGGACUGGCUCGACGAGGCCGGGAGCCGCGCGGCCUACGACGCCUGGGCCGACCACGUGCGCGCCGUCGUGCCGCGCGACAGGCUGCUGGAGUUCACCGUCGCCGACGGGUGGGCGCCGCUCUGCGCCUUCUUGGGGGUUCCGGAACCGGAGGGCACGCCGUUCCCGAACAUGAACGACCGGAAGAAGAUGCGG